AUGGAUUAUCCAAUUUCUUGUCGUCAAAAUAACUGGAGCAGUAAGUCGUUGAAAAAUUAUUCAACAAUAGAAUCAAUUAGAAGGCAUUUAGCCCGAGGCAAUUCUAGCUAUUUAUGCCGUCAUCCAGAGCUAAGAGCAAUUAUACGAGUGUUUCUACACGAACUAAUCGAUAAACAACCGGAGAAUAUCUAUGAAUUUUCAGCGGCGCUUUUUAAUUGCAACAAUUCGCCCCUGUUGGUCACCAAGAUAAACAAACAACUGGAUUUGGCCAAUAAAAAACUGAAGAGAAGCCAAUGGUCCGAAUACGAUAUUGAGAACAAAUUUUCCGAGAUGACGUCAACACAUUCUCUGCUGUCGAGAACCUCUAUUUCUCCCGACAUUGAUGCUAUAUUGCGUUACGCCAUGGUGCUAAGAGAUGUAAAUUAA